CGGUGCGGAGUAAACAAAGGAGCGAGGAGAGCUCUGAACUUCAGAUCACAGCGCAUCACAGAUCCACCAAGUCCGAUCUUACGCGAAGGAGGGGCCGGUGUGUUUUUUUGUCAGGGAGCCGAUAGUUACUGACAGUUGGCUAACUACACUUUGUUAAGACCGGUGUCAAAGACUUGGUUAGCGCAGCGGGAGAUCAUCCACAAGCCGAAACCUCACAAGAGGCUUCACGGUCUAUUAAUCCGUUUAAUUCCUCGCUGUCCGUUCCGACUUCUUAUCAUUUAGAGAGAGAGAGACGCUUCUCGAAACCUGUGCACAACUCCACAGCAAGACAUUUUCUAUAUUUAUAGGUUCUUCACCAACCGUAUUUACUUUUAGUCCACGUUUGAGCACUUUUAAAAAUGAAUUUGCGUCGCGCUCGACGUUUCAGCCUACCCAAUGGGUGGCCCACCGGACGGAGCUGAGUCUCCCGCUCAGCCCAGCAAAGCUGUCAUGCUGCCCAAAGUCGACACGGAAUCUCUGGGACUCGCUCGAUCGCAUGGGGAACAAGGGCACAUGCCAAGAAAUAUGCAAGCUGCCCAGUAUAAAAUGAUGGACUACUCUUAUGACGAAGACUUGGAUGAGAUGUGUCCCGUUUGUGGAGACAAGGUUUCUGGAUAUCACUAUGGACUCCUCACCUGUGAAAGUUGCAAGGGCUUCUUCAAGCGCACGGUCCAGAACAACAAAAGGUACACAUGCAUCGAGAACCAGAGCUGUCAGAUCGACAAGACUCAGAGGAAGCGCUGCCCGUACUGUCGCUUCCAGAAGUGCCUCACCGUCGGCAUGAAGCUUGAAGCCGUGAGGGCGGACCGCAUGCGCGGCGGCCGCAACAAGUUUGGCCCCAUGUACAAGCGCGACCGGGCGCUCAAGCAGCAGAAGAAGGCGCUGAUCCGCGCCAACGGCCUGAAGAUCGAAGCCAUGACCCAGGUGAUGCAGGCCGUGCCCACCGACCUCACCCUCUCCUCCGCCAUCCAAAACAUCCACAGCGCCGCCGCCAAGGGCCUGCCGCUGAGCCACGCGCACCACGCCGCCCACACCCACCACCACCACCACCCCCACCACCACGCCGCCGGCCUGCCCCCGACAGACUACGACCGCAGCCCCUUCGUCACGUCGCCCGUCAGCAUGGCAAUGCCCCCGGGGCACGCCGCCGCGAGCCUGCAGGGCUACCAGGCGGCCUAUGGCCACUUUCAGAGCCGCACCAUCAAGUCCGAGUACCCAGACCCUUACACCAGCUCGCCCGAAUCCAUCAUGGGCUACCCCUACAUGGACUCUUACCAGACAGGCUCCCCGCCCAGCUUUCCCCACCUCAUCGUGGAGCUGUUGAAGUGCGAGGCGGACGAGCCGCAGGUGCAGGCUAAGAUCCUGGCAUACCUGCAGCAGGAGCAAGCCAGCCGGGGCAAGCACGAGAAGCUCAACACCUUCGGCCUCAUGUGCAAGAUGGCCGACCAGACCCUCUUCUCCAUCGUGGAGUGGGCCCGCAGCAGCAUCUUCUUCCGCGAGCUCAAGGUUGAUGACCAAAUGAAGCUGCUGCAGAACUGCUGGAGUGAACUCCUCAUCCUCGACCACAUUUUCCGGCAGGUGGUGCACGCCAAAGAGGGCUCCAUCCUAUUGGUCACCGGCCAACAGGUGGAUUAUGCUGUAAUUGCCUCCCAAGCCGGAGCCACCCUCAACAACCUGAUGAGCCACGCGCAGGAGCUGGUGGGCAAGCUUCGCUCCCUGCAGCUCGACCAGAGGGAGUUUGUCUGCCUCAAGUUCCUUGUGCUCUUCAGCCUGGAUGUGAAGAACCUGGAGAACUUCCACCUGGUGGAGAGCGUCCAGGAGCAGGUUAACGCAGCGCUGCUGGACUACGUCAUGUGCAACUACCCCCAGCAGACGGACAAGUUUGGCCAGCUACUCCUACGGCUGCCGGAGAUCCGCGCCAUUAGCCUUCAGGCCGAGGAGUACCUCUACUACAAACACCUCAACGGAGAUGUACCGUGCAACAACCUGCUCAUUGAGAUGCUCCACGCCAAGAGGGCCUAGAAAGAACUACAAUACCCCUGAUGCACCUGGUCCAAUCACCGGUGGGCCCUAGACUCCAUCAGCGCUAACGCCGGCGUCUCUACUCCCUACUGUAUUUGUAGACACAUAA